UCCCAGGCUGCAGGUCACCAACAACACUUGUCAAACUUGCGAGCGGUGCAGGAGGCUGCUGGCUCGCCUCUGAAACUUUUCUCUCCGCGUGCACACACAAAAACCUACAUCCCGCCAGCCCCCAACUCUUGCAAACAUUUCCUAAUAAGGCUCCCAGGCAUUAAGCGGCCCACUUUUUAUAAAGGGGCUGUCUGAGGAGUUAAAAAGACUCCGUUUGGAUGGUGUCGUUGGAAGAGAAGCGGAGAGAGCGAGAGACUGAGAUCCGGCGGGAGUUUCCAACUGGCCUGGCUCGCCCUCGGGAAUCGGGAAGCUUCCUGGAGCUGCACAAAGUGAUCACGAUGGCGGCAGCCGGUGGAUUAGCUCUUUGAAUGAGUGAGGCUAAAAGGGAUCAUUCUUCAGCCUGGAUCUUCAGGGUGAUACAGGAAAGCUGUCUGUAUGGGAAGCUGGUCAAAGCUCUUAACAUGGGGGAUGUGAAAUUGGUGACAUCUACCAGAAUAUCCAAAGCCACCUUGACUCUGGACCAGUCUUCUCUGCGUACUCCUGCUCCAACAGAAGCACCAGCAUUUACUCUGCCUCCAAGGAAUAUCCGAGUACCACUUGGAGGUACAGCCAGGUUUGAAGGAAAGGUCAGAGGCAUUCCAGACCCUCAGAUCACAUGGUACAGAAAUGGGCAUCUCCUAACAGAGGGAGAGCGCCAUGUAGUGGACCACAGAAUUCGAGGACUCUUCAGCUUGGUGAUCAAAGGGGUGCAGCAGGAAGAUGGUGGCCCAUACACAUGUGAGGCUAAAAAUGAUGGUGGCACUCGCCAGGUGACGGUGGAAUUAACAGUGGAAGGAAGUGUUUUGAAAAAGUACAGCUUGCCUUCUGGUGCCAAAAAUUCUAGUAGUCGACUUUCUGUUCCACCCGUGGAGCAACGGCCAAGCAUCUGGGGUGAAUGUCCACCCAAGUUUGCUACAAAACCAAACCGGGUCAUUGUGCGAGAGGGACAAACUGGUAAAUUCUCCUGCAAGAUAACAGGGCGACCUCAGCCUCAAGUCAUUUGGUCCAAGGGUGAUAUUCAGGUGCCGCAAAAUGAUCGUUUCAACAUAUUUGAGAAAGCAAGCAUCCAGUUUUUGGAGAUCCAAAAUGCUCAGCUGGCCGACGCUGGAAUUUAUACUUGCACUGUGAUGAAUAGUGCUGGGAAGGCUUCUGUGUCUGCAGAGCUCAUGGUUCAAGGUUCUGGAAAGAGAGAGGGGUCUGCUCGUCCUCUCUGCACCUCAACAAAAUCCAGUAUCACAACCAAAGCUAUUGAAACCUCAGAGUUCAGAAAGGCCUCCAGCAAUGGGAUUGUGAAAGCACUCAAAUCUACUACAACAGAACUUUUGCUAGAAUCCAAAGAAAGACCAGCAGUGAAGAAAGAGACGUCCAUUGUUUCUUCCCAAGAAGCCAAGCAGAACAGAUUAGACCAGGUGAAGGAACCUAAAACAGAACCACCUAAAGAAGGGAGAGGUUAUCGGGUUCUGCAGACAACUUCAAGCACCAUAACUCUACAGUCUGUUAAAGUACAACCUGAACGAAAGGCAGAAUUGAAAGCAACUUGUCCCAGACAGGAAGAGAAUGGACAAAGGAUAAAGCAGUCGCUGACGCCAAGUUGGCAAGCUUCCACUUCUACCAGGCUUGGUGGUCUGAGGACUAAGGAACUGGACGAAAGUGUUGGAUUUAAGAAAAGUAUCAUAGAGGUCAAGAGGGAGCCUCAGGGAAUCCCUCCCCAGUUUGAGAGUCGCCCUCAAAGUCAAGAAGCACUGGAAGGAGAAGAGGUUGUAUUCAGAUGUAAAGUUUCAGGAAGGCCCAAGGCAAAUGUUGAAUGGUUCAAAGAAGGAGCCCAAAUUGAAGCAGGAGACGGAGUCCAGAUAUAUGAAGAGGAUGGGAUCCAUUGCUUGUGCCUGAAAAAAACCAAUUUGGAAAACAGUGGGUCUUAUUGUUGUACAGCCUCCAAUGCUAGUGGCCAAGCUUCAACUAGGUGGAUAUUAACUGUAAGAAGACCUAAGGUGAAAGAGAUUGCUCCCCACUUUUCCAGUGUAUUGGAAUCCUGCAGUGUGAGUGAAGGGCAGGAUUUUGUGCUUCAUUGUUCAGUUGAGGGCACCCCUGUGCCUCAGAUCACCUGGCUCCUCAACGAUCGGCCAAUUCAGUAUGCCCAUUCUGUCUUUGAAGAUUGGAAUGCAAAGUUAACUGUUCAAGAUGCCUUGCCAGAAGAUGAUGGUGUUUAUACUUGCCUGGCAGAAAACAGUGCUGGAAGGGCAUCCUGCAGUGCCCAGGUUACUGUCAAAGCAGAAAAGAAGAGCAAAAACAAAUUGGAAAUUGCGCAUCCUGCCCCAGCCAACACAACCUUUGCUCCUGUUUUCCUUAAGGGUCUUACUGAUCUCAAAGUGAUGGAUGGAAGCCAAGUGAUUAUGACAGUAGAAGUUUCAGCUAACCCACCCCCUGAGAUAAUUUGGCUGCACAACGGGAAAGAAAUCCAGGAAACUGAGGAUUUUCACUUUGAGAAGAAAGGCGACGAAUACAGCCUGUACAUUCAAGAGGUUUUUCCGGAGGACACGGGAAAGUACACCUGCGAGGCCUGGAAUGACUUAGGAGAAACUCAGACCCAAGCAACACUAACUGUACAAGAACCUCAGGAUGGCAUUCAGCCAUGGUUCAUUAGCAAGCCACGAUCAGUGACAGCAGUAGCUGGGCAGAAUGUUCUUAUUUCCUGUGCCAUUGCUGGAGAUCCUUUCCCCACAGUUCAUUGGUUCAAAGAUGGGCAGGAAGUGACUCCAGGAGCAGGCUGUGAAUUCCUGCAGAAUGAAGACAUCUUCACAUUGAUUAUAAGGAAUGUACAACUCUGCCACGCUGGGCAGUACGAAAUACAGCUCAAGAACCAAGUUGGAGAAUGCAGCUGUCAGGUGUCUUUGAUGCUGAGAGAAAGUUCAGUUUCCAGAGGAGAAAUACACAGAGAUGGGAAGCAGUCAGAGCGAAGAGAUGCUGAUGAUUAUGAUGCACUGACGUUUGGGAGCACUGGUAGCUUCAGAAAGAGUGCUGGUGAAGGCCAGCGAGUUGAAGAAGAACAGGAGGACGUUCGAGGGGUGCUCAAAAGACGAGUAGAAACACGAGAGAGCACAGAGGAGAAACUGAGGCAGCAGGAGGCCGAACAGAUUGACUUCCGUGACAUUUUGGCAAAGAAAGUCAGCACCAAAAGCUUUUCUGAGGAGGAGCUGAAGGAAAUUCCAGCUGAACAAAUGGACUUCCGCGCUAACCUGCACCCGCCGGUCAAGCCCAAGACCUUGUCAGAAGAGGAAAGGAAAGUCCAUGCUUCUCAGCAGGUGGACUUCCGUGCAGUGUUGGCAAAGAAGGGCACCCCCAAAACAACCUUGCCAGAGAAGGUACCAGCCCCUAAGGCAGCCAACCCAGAUUUUAGAUCUGUGCUUGGGGCAAAGAAAAAAGCGCCCACUGAAAAUGGUGGCCCCGUUGCCCAAGCCCAGAAUGCCAAUUCCAGCUCAGAAGUACAGAAACCCAGCACCAACUCCAAAGCACCAGAUGCUAGCACUAACUCCAAGUUGCCACCAGCACCCAAGGCACCAGACACAAAUCAUGCCAGCUCCAAAGUUCCAGACUCCAGCAUUGUUUUGGAAGCCGAGAAUACCAGUACCAAAUCUAAAAUGCAGAAUGCUACCACCAACUCUGAAGCCCAGGUUACCAACAUCAACUCUGAAGUGCCAAAUGCUAAACUAGUGGAGAAAGAGAAGAAUGGUAUCAACUGUGAAGGUGGUUGCCCACCAGUAGCUGAUGGAGGGAUAAUUGAAGAGAAAGUAGAGAAGAACAAAACAGAGCUUAAGGGAACUGCACCAUCAUUUACAGAUAAGCUACAGGAUGCCCACGUAAUAGAGGGUGAAAAAUUAGUCUUGCAGUGUCAGGUUUCCUCAGAUCCACCUGCUGUCGUCACCUGGACUCUGGCUGGAAAAGUCAUCAAAUCGUCAAAGUUCAUUGUCCUUUCCCAAGAAGGAUCAUUGUGCUCGCUCACCAUCGAUAAAGCUUUUCCUGAAGAUGAGGGCCAGUACAAAUGCAUAGCUGAGAAUACUGCAGGAAAAUCCGAAUGUGCUUGCAAUGUAUUGGUGGAAGAGUCUUUAAAGCCAACGGAAAAGAAGAGCAAAAAGCCAAAGAGUUCACUCCCAACUGUGCUUGCAACAGAGAGUGAGGCAACAGUAAAGAAGAAACCAGCUCCAAGGACACCACCCAAAGCAGCUCUUCCCCCUCAGAUUGUUCAAUUUCCAGAAGACCAAAAAGUGCGGGCUGGUGAAUCAGUGGAGCUGUUGUGCAAAGUGACAGGAACUCUGCCCUUGACAUGUGCCUGGAUGAAAUUCCGGAAGCAGAUCCAAGAGAAUGAGCACAUCAAAAUUGAGAAUGCCGAGAACAGCAGUAAGCUAACUAUCUCUUCAACGAAGCAGGAACACUGUGGAUGUUACACUUUAGUGGUGGAAAACAAGCUGGGCAGCAAACAAGCCCAAGUCAACCUCACUGUUGUAGAUAGACCUGACCCCCCGGCUGGAACACCUUGUGCAUCAGACAUAAGGAGUUCAUCCCUCACCCUCUCAUGGUAUGGUUCCUCUUAUGACGGUGGAAGUGCAGUGCAAUCCUACACUGUGGAAGUCUGGAACACAAUUGACAACAAAUGGACAGAUCUCACUACUUGCCGUAGCACUUCUUACAGUGUCCAGGACCUGCUGGCUGACAGGGAGUACAAAUUCCGGGUGCGAGCUGCUAACGUGUAUGGGAUAAGUGAGCCAAGUCACGAAUCUGAGCUAGUAAAAGUAGGAGAAAAGCAUGAAGGCCCUAAAGAAGAAGAAGAAGCUGAAGGGUCUGAUGAUGAAGGGAAAGAAACAGAAAUUGACUAUCGGACAGUGACUAUAAAUACAGAACAAAAGGUUUCAGACUUCUACAAUGUUGAAGAAAGACUGGGAUCGGGGAAAUUUGGACAAGUCUUCCGGCUUAUUGAAAAGAAAACUGGAAAAGUUUGGGCAGGAAAAUUUUUUAAAGCUUAUUCAGCUAAGGAUAAGGAGAACAUAAGGCAAGAGAUCAGCAUUAUGAAUUGUCUACAUCACCCCAAACUUGUCCAAUGUGUAGAUGCCUUUGAAGAGAAAGCUAAUAUUGUCAUGGUCUUAGAACUUGUUUCUGGAGGGGAACUCUUUGAGAGAAUCAUUGAUGAGGAUUUUGAACUAACAGAGAGGGAGUGCAUUAAAUAUAUGAAGCAAAUCUCAGAAGGUGUACAGUACAUUCAUAAGCAGGGCAUUGUUCAUCUGGAUCUGAAGCCAGAAAACAUUAUGUGUGUCAACAAAACUGGUACAAGAAUCAAGCUGAUUGACUUUGGACUUGCACGAAGACUAGAAAAUGCAGGUUCUCUGAAAGUCCUAUUUGGAACACCAGAAUUUGUGGCACCAGAAGUGAUCAACUAUGAGCCUAUUGGGUAUGCAACUGACAUGUGGAGCAUAGGAGUAAUUUGCUACAUCUUGGUCAGUGGACUUUCCCCUUUCAUGGGUGACAAUGACAAUGAAACAUUAGCCAAUGUUACCUCAGCCACCUGGGAUUUUGAUGAUGAAGCUUUUGAUGAGAUCUCGGAAGAUGCCAAGGACUUCAUCAACAACCUUCUAAAGAAAGAUAUGAAGGACCGCUUAGAUUGCACCCAGUGCCUUCAGCAUACUUGGCUGCAAAAAGACACCAAAACCAUGGAAGCCAAAAAGCUCUCCAAAGAUAGGAUGAAAAAGUACAUGGCUAGAAGAAAAUGGCAGAAAACUGGGAAUGCUGUCCGUGCCAUUGGAAGACUAUCCUCUAUGGCAAUGAUUUCUGGCCUGAGCGGGAGGAAGUCCUCAUCAAGCUCACCAACCAGCCCUGUUAAUGCAGAAAAAAUAGAAGUGGAAGAUGAAGCUUCCAACACUCUCCUGGAAGCAGUUGAUGAAGAAAGGCCCCAUGUGAAGCCUUAUUUCACAAAAACCAUUCAAGAUAUUGAAGUUGUGGAAGGCAGUGCUGCUAGAUUUGACUGCAAAAUUGAAGGCUAUCCUGACCCAGAAGUGAUUUGGUACAAAGAUGACCAAUCUAUCAAGGAGUCCCGGCACUUCCAGAUAGACUAUGAUGAGGAUGGGAAUUGUUCUUUGACUAUUUCUGAGGUCUGUGGAGAUGAUGAUGCCAAAUACACCUGCAAGGCAGUUAACAGUCUUGGAGAAGCAACUUGUACCGCAGAACUCAUUGUGGAAACAAUGGGGAAAGAAGGGGAGGAGGAAGAGGAAGAGGAGGAAGAAGAAUGAAACAAAAAUUGAACAAAAUAAAUAUUUGAAAAAUCACCCAAUUAAAGACUUUUUUUCUAAAGCUCACACAAUGUGACAUUAGGUCAUGAGUUUUUGGUUUGUUUCAUCGGCACAAUCAGCUGAUACCUCUUUGUUCCAUUUAUGGGCAUUAACUUGAAUUAGCAAGCACUUUAGGUGGCUGUUGUGCUUGUAUUUAGUUUAAGUUAAAGCAUUAGUUCCAUAGCCCAAAUUAUGAACAUGAGCACAGCAUAUGAAAAGCCAAACCUUACAAGAGUCAAUUAUUUCUUUGUUGAACUCAUCAAUUGCGGGAAAGGGGCAGGACACUGCACGAAUUGUUCCAUCAAUCGAUAUGAAAACAGUGGAGAACCUAUUACCUAUGAUCCAAUCCUCCUAACCACCUCUGCGCAUUAUGUAAGUCUCACUGAUGUUCCAUUAAAUCAAUGGAGCUUGCAUGAAUGCAGUGGGUUUUGAGAACAUGGAAUACAAUUCAACAGAAAGUUCUCCUACAAAAGGGCCUGCUGAAAGAAUGGGAUCUGCGCAGGAGGAGGAAGAACUUCCUAGUAGAUUACAUCUUUGGACUCUCGUUGACAUCUCUUGUCAAGUGUCAAGUCAUGUAUUUGCUAUCAUCCCAGAUCAUAUUUGUGACAUAUAAGUGAAGACCUUUGCCCCCACUGACGUUAGUAAUUUUGUAUUGAAAGCACUCUCUGCCUUCAUUGGUUUUCUCCCUGAACAUUUGUGAAUUUAACUCGGUGUACCUAGGUUUCAGCCAGUAUAGCUAUCAUUGGAAUAUAAUUGGCUUAAAUCUCAACAUUUCAGCUUGUCCCGUGGCUCGCACAACCUAAAUGUUGUGAUUCAGCUCUGAGAUGUAAAAAGUUCAUUUUUUUCCUAUUAGUUUGUUCUUGCUGUAGUUUCCCUUUCCCACUUCAAUCAAUUGUACCCAAUCUCUCCCUUACAAGGACCAGUUUUUAUGCCCAUCUUAGCAGCAAGAAAAAGUCAGCUUUUGCCAAUCUUCAACCAAGUCAGCUGGCACAUUCAGGAUUUUGUUACACCAUGCCAACUAUCCAAACUAGCCAGCACUGUUGUGACAAAAGCUGAAUCCAGCAUGUCAGGGGUUUCUCUCAACUGCCUCCCCACAGGCUAAUAUGAUAAAGGUUGGCUUUUCACCACAGCUACCACAUGCAGAAAUGGUUAUGAACAUCAGCCCUAAAUCUCUCUUACCUGGUUGCAGAUUCUUCUCCCUGCCUGGAAAACAAAGCUGAAUAUGGAAAGCAAACUUUACUACCUUAUUUGUAAAGGGCAAGGAGUAAAAAGUAUAGUUUCUGAAUGUAUGCUGUUGCAAAAUAGAAUGUUGGUGAUUCUGUGCCUGUGCGUCACAACUCAAGUUUUUAACCAAUUUGUAAUGUUAUUUGGUUAAGUACAAAAAUGUAUUUUAGCCAAUGAAUAGUUGGAUACCAAAGCAGCCAAGGAAAGGGAGCCUAGAUUGUUUCUCUACAACUUAAAAAAACCCAUAGAUUAGCUCAAUAAAAAUAGCACAGUCAAUGAUAAAACUUAAUCUCAUCCCCAAACUGAUUCACAUUCAGAUGUAUUAACUUUGCUUUUCUUUCACAACAAGCAGCAGUUCAGAGACCAUGAAAUGUUAUGCAUAAUCAAAUGACAGUACACGUCCACUAUCUGUGCAUCAUUCCAGUUGUGUGGCUUUUUCCCACUUUGUGUACAAGCUUUUUUAAAAACAGCUGACUUUAAAGAACACACACAACAAAGCUUAUUUUAGCUUUUCAAGGCAGGGGGACAAAAUUAAGUGUACUUUAAUACAGAUGUAUACGGUAUUAUCUUUAGAUUAUUUGAUAUUACGUAGUCUUAUGUGUUCUAUAUUAUUUGCUCAUCUGCCUGUUUGAAUACAACAAUUCAAAAUUUCAUGUAUAAGGCUCACUCACAACUGCUGUGGGUUUUUAUAACUGCUUUUGCUGAUUCUUGCUAGGUUGAAGUUACCAGCAUGUGUUCUCCUUUUUAAACGAAUAAAGAGUUUUUGUUAUAGUAAAACACAAUAAUUGCCAGUUUGCCACAGAUUCUUAUAAGGAAAAGUUUUUAAUAUGGUUUAGUGCAUACAGAGCAUUUUCUCACACGUUUUUAAUGUGUUAUGGAAAUAAUGGGGUGUAUUUUUAUAUACCUUAAUUAAAAAUAUGCUGAUGUUUUCCUGGUUUUCUUAAACCGUAUGAGCUGCAAAAUAUGAGAACACUACAACUGUAGUUACUCACAAUUUCUCAAUAAACAAAUACCACCAAG